UCAGCACCAACAUCUGCUUCCUGAAUUGAAAUGGCUAGGAUGGACAGAAAGCUUCAUUCUGGAAGAAAACAGUGGUUCAGGGCAAGCUAAGUUUGUGAGAGACCCUUGCACCAAACAGGCCAGCACAAUGGUUUUACAAGGAGUCUGGACAAGUUCGAUCAUGUGGUUUUUCUACAGUAUGACCUCAGGUUUUCUCACUGAUGGAGUGUCCGUUUUGCCUGCCCCUCAGAACCUCUCUGUACAGUCAACCAACAUGAAGCAUCUCUUGAGGUGGAACCCAGUGACCCAGCCGGGGGAGAUGGUAUUCUAUUUUGUGGAAUACCAGGGGGAGUAUGAGAGCCUGUACAUGAGCCACAUCUGGAUCCCCAGCAGCCAGUGCUCACCUACCAAAGGUCUGGAGUGUGAUGUCACCGAUGACAUCACUGCCACAGUGCCGUAUAACUUCAGGGUCAUGGCCAUGCUGGGCUCACAGACUUCAGCCUGGAGCAACCUAGAGCACCCCUUCAAUCGAAAUGCAACUGUCCUCACCCCACCCAGGAUGGAGGUCACCGAACAUGGGCUGCAUCUGGUUAUUGAACUGGAAGACCUGGGGCCCCAGUUUGAGUUCCUUGUUGUCUAUUGGAGGAGGGAGCCUGGCGCCACGGAACAUGUUAAGGUGGUGAGGAGUGGGGACAUUCCAGUGCACCUAGAUACCAUGGAACCAGGGACCAUGUACUGUGUGAAGGCGCAGGCUCUGGUGAAAGCCAUCGAGAGGCACAGUGCCUUCAGCCAGCCUACGUGUGUGGAGAUGCAAGGAGAGUCUCUUCCGCUGGCACUGGCUCUGUUUGCAUUUGUUGGCUUCAUGCUGAUUCUCGUGGUUAUAAUACUCUCCAUCUGGAAAAUGGGCCAGCUGCUCCGGUAUUCUUGCUGCCCCACUGUUGUCCUCCCAGACACCUUGAAAAUAACCAGUUCAUCCCAGAAGCUAAUCAGCUGCAAGAAGGAGGAGGUGGACGCCUGCGCUGUGGCUGUGCUGUCCUCAGAGCAUCUCUUUGGGGUCUGGAUCUCACAGACUUGAGAAGGACCUGAUGGAUUAACAGCCUGGUCUGCAGGACCCAGAACCCUGGAUGAGGAGGGUUGUGUUUCUGUUUUCCUCUGUGGACAAAAGACAAGAGAAGUAACGGGAGCCUGCUGUGUGCAUGUCUAGCAGCAGCGUCAGAGGCAAAGUGGCGUGACCAACCAAGAAUGACAGAAAUAGUCUGGAGAAGAGAUCCCCAGAC